UACGUACGGUGAUUCGCAUUGCCGCUGCAUAGCAGAAAUAUGCAUUGUGCGGACUUCUGUAUGAAUUAAUGUUCGGUUACGGUAGCUGCGAAGCGAAAUACGGGCGAAUGGAAGUCGCAAUACACAAAACGUUUUAGGACGGCCGACCUGGAAUUCAAAAUUGUAUAUUUUCUGAACAAAUGUGACUCCGUGUGUGGAUGUUCAGUGAACCUAAGUAUGUGCAAUAAAUACAUCCGUUUUAGUGCUUUCCUGUUGUGUUGCAGCGAAUCCAGCAAUUGAUUUUUAAGUUUUAAUUUCUGCAAUUUGCCCCGACCUACCCAACGCUUCGUGUAUGGGUCAGUCCAUAAGAAAAGUUGAAGUUCUGAAAAAUUCCUAGUGGGAAACGUUGAUGGCUUGCGUGUGCAUCUACGAAUAUUAUAUAAAGUUAUACACAUGUAUACUCGACCUUCGGAUAUCAGCACGAGGAGUUUUAAUUAAUUCAUUAGAACGCUUAGCUGCUUCAAAAAUGUUCCAAAUGAAAAUAUAAAUUUAAAGUAAUGCUACGUUUCGCUCAAAUGGAUAAAAUCAGUAAAAGUAUUAUAAAUACAGCAAGUGAGGACUUCAAAACUUGAAAACAUUAUAAUGGAUCCAAAAAGGAGGCAUUUGCACUUACCUUGGUUUUUGCUUUUGCUCAGUACCUUUUUAUGCAAAUAUACAUAUUCAGAUGUUGGAAAAUUUACAUCGUCUCAGAAUCUUUUUGGAAAUUCCGCACAUUCGCAAUUUACCACAAAAAACAACACUCGUGUUAUUGCCCAAAAAGGUGGUCUCGCCAUUUUACCUUGUGUGGUGAAAGUUAAUUCUCCGGCUACGGUUUCCUGGAUACGAAGAAAAGAUUUUCAGUUACUUACAGUAGGACUAUCAACCCAUAGCAGCGAUAAGAGGUUUUUAGUUGAACAUACCCGACAUAUGGGGCACUGGUCACUAAGAAUUAAGGCUGUGAAGGAGGAUGAUAGAGGAUUCUAUGAGUGUCAAUUGUCGAUCUACCCAACACAGUCAAUUUUUAUAGAGCUAAAAAUAGUCGAAGCGGUAGCGGAGAUUUCUAGUGCACCGGAUUUGCACAUUGAUGAGACAUCCACCUUGCGUCUGGAGUGCAAGUUAAAGCGUGCUACGGAGAACCCAUCCUUUGUAUUUUGGUAUCAUAAUAACAAAAUGGUAAACUAUGACGCCCAGGGUGGGUUUUUGGUGACAUCGACUGGAAACAGCAUGCAAACAAACUUGGAGCUCAACCAGCCUGUUCCAAUAGCGCCAAGCAGUGAAAUAUCAAAGUCUCGAGGGUACAAGCUUGCUGCCAAUUCGAAUACUGUCAACGGCAGUGUGAUUCCCACAAGGUCAACCAGUCAAACUGAGUCCACAGAUGCCGGCUCGGUGUCUCCACAAAAUCACCAAUCAUCGUAUUUGUUGACGCCAUCAAUGAGUGUGCUAAUAAUCAAAGAAGUGCACUUCCACCAUGCCGGGAACUACACAUGUGCCCCAUCCAAUGCGCGACCCGCUAGUAUUACCGUGCAUGUCCUGCGAGGGGAGAAGCCGGCCGCCAUGCAACAUGCCAAUCGCAGCAUUUUGGAUAACGAAAACAUCAGCAAUACUAGUCUGAGUUUGAACAGUGUGAAUGGAAUUAAUAGCGGAACUUACUGCCUUUAUAUGCCACGCUCGACUCUUCUAAUAAUUAUAUCUUUGCUGUUUCUUAUGGCAAAAAUAAGUUUAGAUGAACGAAUUUCUCCUCUUGAAAAUAAAUGACACCAUUUACACAGCUGAAACGCUGUGAAAUACAUGGAAUAGAGCUAACGCAAUCAAUAUAUAUAAAUUUACAUAUAUAUAUAUAGUGCGUGGAUAGACUUUCAUAACUAACAAUGUACAAGUACCGAAUUAAAAAUUCUACAUGGACGUUAGCAUUGUAACCAUAACCCUAAAAAACCAGAGCUGCCAAUAUCUUUUAAUAUCCUCUCCCCGGUCAAAAGCUAAACUUAGGACGCUCGUUAUCUAUUCCGCAGACUGAAAGAGACGUAGCAGACCCCCUGUUAUAGCCAUGUCUGUCUUCGUCUGUCCGUCCCCAUAAACGUCGAGAAUCUUUGAACCAUAGAAUGAGUGGCAUGUUGCCUUUUCGUUUUCAAAGGCAAGCCGAGUAUUGAAAUCAUAAAUAGCCUCAAUAUUUUGUUUAUUAACUGCCAUAAAAAACCAACUUUAUAUCAAUGUUAUUGUAUUAUUUUUAAAUGUACUUUAUUUAAUAAGCAAAGUUUUCUAAAAGGCUGAUGGAGUCCCCAGGGUGGUGUUCCAAAGUUUCUGGUGGUCCAGACAAGCAGAGCUAAGCUUAGCAUAUUUAAAGGUUCUACAAGUUAAUUUCAUAAUUUCUUCCAGACUGGGUAUGAGGAUAAGGCAAAGUUAUAGGAAUUUUAGUGGUAUAAGGAUAAAUGAAAAAAUGUGUUGUUCGAAAGUUAAAUUACAGGAAAAUAAAUAUAGUAAUACAUUAAUAGUGUUCUAAUACAGAAGUAUUAAAACUGUCAGCCCUGUAUGGGAGAUAUAAGCGAAAGCAAAUAUAGUUUUGGAAUGCUUCCUGUCCUUUUAAGUGUUACAUGCAAUAGGAACUUUUGUCCUUCGGCUAAAGGGCUUACAAACUACAAAUGUUUUAAUAUGUCAUAUGUUUCAACAAUAAUAUAUCAUAUUACAAUCAAGCAAAAGUCAAUUAAAUAUACUGCAGCUCGUACUUAACCAACAUAUUAAUUAUUAAAUAUUUUUUAUAAUGUGUA